GUAACAAGCGUGUCCCGCCGGCGAGGUGAAGAAGGGCGGCGCUGCCUCUGCUCACUAUAUUGCAGAGAGACUCAAAUCGUUUUGCCCUCUCUUCUCCUCUGACUUUCGUCGAGUGUGAACCUAAAAAGUGAAUCAAGCCAGGGGAAACAUGGCUGGAUAUUUGAAAGUCCUCAGCUCUCUUUCGAGGUCUGCCGCUGCCUUCUCCAGAAACCCCGCGGUGCUUGCGCCGGCUUCAAAUUGCCAGACCUUGCAACAAAGAAACUAUGCCGACAAACGCAUCAAAGUGGCCCAGCCGGUGGUGGAGAUGGACGGAGAUGAGAUGACCAGGAUCAUCUGGGAGUUCAUCAAAGAGAAGCUCAUCCUGAACAAUGUGGAUGUUGAGCUGAAGUAUUAUGACCUGGGUCUGCCGUAUCGUGACCAGACUGAUGACCAGGUCACUAUUGACUCUGCCCUCGCCACUUUGAAGUACAACGUGGCGGUUAAAUGUGCCACCAUCACACCCGACGAAGAGAGAGUGGAAGAGUUCAGCCUGAAGAAGAUGUGGAAGAGCCCCAACGGUACCAUCAGAAACAUCCUGGGCGGCACCGUCUUCCGUGAGCCAAUCAUCUGCAAGAACAUUCCCAAGCUUGUUGGAGGCUGGACGCAACCCAUCACCAUCGGCAGACACGCCUUCGGCGAUCAGUACAGAGCAACAGACUUUGUUGUGGACCAGCCCGGAAAAUUCAAGAUGAUCUUCUCACCCGCUGAUGGUAGUGCAGGAAAGGAGUGGGAGGUCUAUGACUUUCCUGCCGGUGGCUGUGGAAUGGGCAUGUACAACACCGACGAGUCUAUCACAGGCUUUGCCCACAGCUGCUUCCAGUACGCUAUUGGCAAGAAGUGGCCCCUGUACUUGAGCACAAAGAACACCAUUCUUAAAGCCUACGAUGGCCGAUUUAAAGACAUCUUCCAGGAGAUCUUUGAAAAGAACUACAAGCCUGAGUUUGACAAGCUGAAGAUCUGGUAUGAGCACAGGCUCAUUGAUGAUAUGGUCGCCCAAGUGCUCAAGUCUUCUGGAGCCUUUGUGUGGGCUUGCAAGAACUACGACGGAGACGUUCAGUCCGAUAUCCUCGCACAGGGCUUUGGCUCUCUCGGAUUGAUGACGUCAGUUCUCGUGUGCCCCGACGGCAAGACCAUCGAGGCUGAAGCCGCCCACGGCACUGUGACCAGGCACUACCGCGAGCACCAGAAGGGAAGGCCGACCAGCACCAACCCCAUUGCCAGUAUUUUUGCCUGGACGAGAGGCCUGGAGCAUCGUGGCAAACUUGACGGCAACCCAGACCUCAUCAAGUUCUCCCAGACUCUGGAGAGGGUGUGUGUCGAGACUGUUGAGAGCGGUACGAUGACCAAGGACCUCGCUGGCUGCAUCCACGGCCUGUCCAAUGUCAAGCUGAACGAGCACUACGUCAAUACCACAGACUUCCUCGACACCAUCAAGACAAAUCUGGAUAAAGCCCUCGGCAAGUAAAAGACUUGAAAGAAUAUAGUUAGCCCGGAGAUGGAAAUGUCACUCAUCUGUUUUUGUACCUCAUUUUUAACUUAAAAGGUCAAUAAAUUCACUUGUAUUCUGUCUGAAGGAGAAAAUAAAGUACUGUAAUAGGAUUAUGUAUUGUUCAAUUAGGUUAUUAUUAAAUAGUUAAGAGCUGUGCUUCCACCUGAUGUCUCCCCAUACCUGUCCCAAUAUUUGCAAGGUUUUAUUUUUGUAAUGUGAAGUACUGUAAUAAUAAGUCAAUACUGUGUAAUGCCUUGGGCAGGACUGAAGCAUCUGUCAAACAUGUUUGCCAAUAAAUACUCUUUGACCCAC